AUGAGUUACGUGAAGGCGAAAGUUCAUCAAACGGAUAUGAAGGAGGUGAUGCAACAAGAAGUUGUUGAUGUAUGUGCUCGGAUUAUGUGCCGCCCUGAAGUUACUCCUGUUAAAAUAGCCACUGGAAUUCGGCAAUACUUCGAUGAGCGCUAUGGAGGCUCUUGGACUUGCAUUGUUGGACGAGAUUUCAGCAGCUCUUUCGCACACGAGAAAAAGAAGCUUAUUUCUCUGAACAUAGGUGGACAACAAGUUCUCUUAUUCAAAGGUUCCUAA